AUGAGAAUUGAGCAUCCGGCUGGUGGCUACAAGAAAAUCUUUGAGACAUGUGAAGAGUUGAAUGAGCCUAUUCCUGCUGUGGUUGUAGGUGUGAUCCCAGAAUGGCUGAGCGGCAGUCUGUUGCGUCUUGGACCCGGCCUGUUUGAGGUGGGGGCUGAGCCUUUCUACCACCUCUUUGAUGGCCAGGCCCUCAUGCACAAGUUUGACCUAAAGAACGGCCAUGUGACAUACUAUCGGAAAUUUGUCAAAACAGAUGCCUAUGUACGAGCCAUGACAGAGAAAAGAGUGGUCAUCACUGAGUUUGGAACAGCAGCCUACCCAGAUCCUUGCAAAAAUAUCUUCUCAAGGUUUUUCACCUACUUCAAAGGGAUUGAGGUGACAGAUAAUUGCUUAGUGAACGUGUACCCUGUUGGUGAGGAUUUCUAUGCCUGCACAGAAACCAACUACAUCACCAAAGUGGACCCAGACACACUGGAGACUCUGAAAAGGGUGGACCUGUGUGACUACCUCUCGGUCAAUGGAGUGACGGCUCAUCCACACAUUGAAAGUGACGGAACGGUGUACAACAUUGGGAACUGUUUUGGGAAGAAUAUGUCACUGGCCUACAACAUUGUCAAAAUUCCUCCCACACCGAAAGACAAGUCAGAUCCCAUUGCAAAGUCCAAGGUUCUUGUGCAGCUCCCCAGCAGUGAGAGAUUCAAGCCCUCCUAUGUUCACAGCUUUGGAAUGACAGAAAACUACUUUGUCUUCGUUGAGACUCCAGUGAAGAUAAACCUUCUAAAAUUCUUGACCGCUUGGAGCAUCUGGGGCACAAAUUACAUGGAUUGCUUUGAGUCAAACGAAACCAUGGGCACAUGGUUCCAUCUGGCUACAAAGGACCCAGCUGAAUACAUAGAGCAUAAAUUCAGGACUUCUGCCUUCAAUCUCUUCCAUCACAUCAACAGCUAUGAGGACGAUGGCUUCAUCGUUGUUGACCUGUGUACUUGGAAAGGUCAUGAGUUUGUCUACAACUACCUAUAUCUGGCCAACCUGCGGGAGAACUGGGAGGAAGUGAAGAAAGCUGCUAUGAGGGCACCUCAGCCAGAGGUCCGGCGAUACGUUCUGCCCAUGGACGUCCACAAGGAGGAACAGGGGAAGAAUAUGAUAUCCCUUCCGUACACCACAGCCACUGCAGUGAUGCGCAGCGAUGGAACCAUCUGGCUGGAGCCCGAGGUUCUGUUUUCUGGACCACGACAAGCUUUCGAGUUCCCUCAGAUCAACUACAGUAAGUUCUCUGGGAAGAACUACAGCUAUGCCUAUGGACUGGGCCUGAACCACUUCAUCCCUGACAGGAUCUGCAAACUGAACGUGAAGACUAAGGAUACGUGGGUGUGGCAGGAGCCAGACUCUUACCCCUCAGAGCCCAUCUUUGUGCAGACCCCAGAUUCAGUGGAGGAAGAUGACGGGGUGUUGUUGAGCAUCGUGGUGAACCCUGGAGCAGACCAGAGGCCAGGGUACCUCCUCAUCCUCAAUGCCAGAGACCUGACAGAGAUCGCACGGGCUGAGGUGGAGGUCAUCAUCCCUGUCACCUUCCAUGGAAUGUACAAGCCUUAGGACUACAUUCAACACAUCUACAAUACCACUCCACAGGAGAAAGGGACAAUCAUAAUACUAAAACCUUUGUUGGGGAUGUUUAAAAAAAAUAAACAUUAUAUCACUGAUGUAGCCUGUUCGUGGCUUAGUUUCAAAGUCAAUGUUGUGAUAUACACUGUACAAAAGUAUGUGGACAGCCCUUCAAAUUUGUGGUUU